AUGUCGUUCAGAGCGCAUCGCCAUGGAGACGUGCCGGGAGCCACUUAUGAGACAAACAAUCCGUUCGAAACGUUGAUAGACGUUGAAGACGAUGCGAUCCUCCAAGAAGUCAACGAAACACUGAAGGAGCCAUUCCCUAUCCCAAAUGCCGCUGCCCAUCCCCAACAGCCUCCUGAGCCGCAAUCCUCCACUUGGGUUACCCCAACGAAUACCACCCACCAGAUCCGGAGGUACAUGGAUGCAGUCAAGGAGCAAGUGAGUGGAGGCUCGUGGCUAUCAAUGCCAGAGCUACCGACAUCAUCGGAAGUUAUGGAGAAUAGCGACAAGUGUGAUCUUGCAAACAAGAUUGAAGGGGCACAUAACUCGAACGAAAAGUAUCUGAGUUCACAUUACGAGUUGCAGAGAGAGGACGCCAUUAGACCGCUCCGACACGCUGUGCAGGACGUGAAAGGGCGACCUUCGUUGCAAGAGGCGGAGUACUCUGGAGGAGUAGGCAUCUAUUCAAAUGUCUACAUCUCCGCCUGUGUAUUCUCCCCACGAGGUCUGGCGGUGCGAGUCAGUUUUUCGCUCUCUCGCAUUGGAAAGCGAAUCCGGUGGGAACAAUCGAAACGUCUGAUCACCGGCACGCUGGUUGCACUCACACCAGCCGACGAUAUGUUUAAGACCACGUGCAUCCUUGCCACGGUUGCCGCUAGACCUCUCGCUGCUCUGGAGCAAAACCCGCCUGAGAUUGAUUUGUUCUUCGCAAGCCCUAUGGACCUCGAACUCGACCCAACCAGGCCUUACUGCAUGGUAGAGGAUCGGAGCAGCUUCUUUGAGGCUAGUCGACAUACCAUGCUAGCUCUCCAAAAGCUCAUGCGGGAGCCGUUCCCGCUGUCGGAGUAUCUCGUAGGCGUUAAACCAGAUGUGGAGCCUCCACUCUAUGUUCUGAACAAACCACAUACCGAUCUCAGCUCGAUCGUCGCCAUCGAGGAUUCAGCAUCUUACGAGAAUGUCAAUAUUCUGGAAGAAUGGCCGGAUACGUCUACCACUGGGCUUGACAAAUCCCAGUCCGUAGCUCUCAGGCGCAUACUUACCAAGCGCCUUGCAAUCGUUCAAGGACCACCAGGUACUGGAAAGACCUACGUCUCGGUGAUCGCUCUCAAGGCCCUAAUAGCGAAUUGGCGGCCUGGAGAUCCUCCAAUUAUUCUUACUUGCCAAACUAACCACGCUUUGGAUCAGCUUUUACGGCACAUUCACCAAUUUGCACCAGAAUUCAUCAGACUUGGAGGGCGAUCCAAAGAUGAGGAUAUCAUCAAGAAGCGCACUCUUUUCGAAGUCCGAAUGUUGUCUCCACCCAACAAGACCCGUUACAAAGGUCCAGCCAUAAAGGGACUGAAAGACAUGACAAAGCGUAUGCAAGUCUUGCUGUCACCGCUUGAAGCUAACAAAGGUCCUAUCGAUCAUCGUCUUCUGGCAACGCUGCACAUCAUCGACAAAGAUCAGGCAGCGUCGUUAGAAGUCGGUAUCGAUGGCAUGGAAGGUCUUCCUCAAGACUCUCCUACUGUUCCAAUGGAAAUGUGGAUGGGCCAUAAUCUCAAACGUGUGGCACGGAACCAAGAGCAAGACUACUUCGAAUACGAAUAUGAGGACAUAGAUCUGGACUUCGAGGAAUUGCAAGAACUGGAAGCUGAGGCCUUCAACAGGGACGACGAUGAUCUAGAAACCCUGAGAGGCCCGGUAGUCCUUCUUGGAGACAACUAUACCGGAGCACGGAAUGAUCACAUAUCAGAUGAAAAGAUUCUCAGCCUUCUCGCCAAAACUAAAGAUCUGUACAGGAUCCCUUCGAAGCUGAGAGGUUCAGUGUACUGCUACUUCCAGAAGCAGGUGAAAGAACUCAUUUUGGCGGAAUUCCGCAAUCUUGCAAUACGUUAUGAUUACUAUGUCCAGCAACGACGUAUCAAUCUGUGGGAGAAUGAUAACCUGAUUCUGAAAGAGCAAAAGAUCAUUGGUAUGACGACCACAGGACUGAGCAAGUACCGCGCCUUGGUUGAGAGUUUAAAUCCACGUAUCAUCCUCGUUGAGGAAGCCGCCGAAACUCUCGAGGCUCCGAUCAUUGCAGCCUGUCUUCCUUCUUUGGAACACCUGAUCCUUGUCGGCGAUCACCAGCAGCUGCGACCUCACACUCAAGUCAGAGAGCUGGAGGGAGGCGAUGUCAAUUUCGAUAUGUCACUUUUUGAACGAAUGGUCCACAACGAAGUCGAGUACGAUAGCUUGCAGCGGCAACGCCGUAUGAUCCCUGAGAUUCGCCGACUUCUCAGACCCAUAUAUGGCAAACUCAUUUCCGAUCACAAGACUGUCCUCGAUCCAAAGAACCGCCCCCCAAUUCCAGGUAUGGGAGGGUGUAAUAGUUUCUUCUUCACCCAUGACUGGCCAGAGACUCAUGACGCCAACAUGUCUGCCUGCAAUCCACACGAAGCGGACAUGCUUGUUGGCUUGGUAGAUUACCUGGUCCUCAAUGGCGUCAAAGUUGAAGAAAUUACCAUUUUGACUUUCUACAACGGCCAGAGGAAACUCAUUCUCAGGCGUCUUAUGGCCCAUCCAAAUCUUACCAGUCGCCGUUCGUCCUUCAAGGUUGUCACCGUCGACAGCUACCAAGGCGAAGAAAACGAUAUCGUUCUCCUGUCUCUUGUUCGAAGCAAUGACAAGCACAGCAUUGGAUUCUUGAACGUGAAUAAUCGUGUCUGCGUGGCCCUUUCCCGAGCGAAACGCGGCUUCUAUCUCUUCGGGAACGGCCUACUCCUCUGUCAAGAGAGCAAGACUUGGGCUGAAAUCGUGGAGAUCAUGUACGGAAAGAAAGGCGACAAACCAAAGACCGGAGCUGUGAGGCGAGUAGGAUUCCACAUUCCUUUGGAAUGCACGAACCAUAGCCGCAAGACUUGGAUCGAAGAGCCUGGUGAUUGGGAAUCGGUCAACGGUGGCUGUGAGCAGAAAUGCCGCUGCAAACUUCCCUGUGGGCAUACCUGCAUGCUCAUGUGUCAUCCGUUCGAUGCUUCUGACAUCAAUUGUACCCAGAAGUGCCUGAAGGUGGUCGAAACCUGCGGGCACCCUUGCUCCGAGAUAUGUGUGGACCAUUGCCGCUGCGCUAUGUGCGAGAAAGCGACAAAAGGUGCGAGAUCACUGCUCCGGCAAGCGCCUCUGGACUCCGUCAAUGGAGUUAGGCAAACCUUUCACACGCGUGACUUUUCCGGCGGAUCUGAUCCGGCCGCUUGGACUAACUACGCCAAAGGAGGCGUCAAAGAAUCCGAUGCCGUAGACGUCGCUCGUGCGAAGGAGGCGAAGGAGGAGAGUCUCCGCCAGGCUGAGGCUGAGGCGCAGGAUUAUCGUCAGAGCAUCAAGGCUCUUACUGAAGAGAACGCCAUGACUCUGCUCGCCGAUGGAAAUGAUGUACCUUCACUAACGUCAGAACCCACAAUGGCUUCGGCACCAGCACCGACAACGAUUUCGGCACUAGCUCCGCCUACGACACCUCCUGCCCAGCCAUCUGCAGCAGGACAGCAGCAGGGUCUCCUACUCAUGACGCCUCCUACAUCGGCAACUCCUGAACAGCGUCAGCGUCGCAAGGAGGGCCUCUUGAUCGAUGUCGACUCGCCGCCGCCACGCCGUAUCCACUACAGGGAGACUUUUGACUACUCGCCCUUUUCGAGGUCGAGCAAAGCGCCCGAGCGGAGCCUGCUUGACGAUUGAGUUGGCCUGGUCGUCGGAGGUGUGAGGCAGUAUGGUACAGAAUGUUGCCUGGGGAUAGAGCAUUGCAAUUACUUGCUCUGGCUCGUGAUGUCUGGCUACUCCUGCACGACGAUCUUAUUGGCAUGCUGCCAUCCGUCAAUAUUUCACUUCUUCCAUUCACUUCUUCUCUACUACUACCCCUAUACUCUUGCUUCUACACACUCUUUUUCCUUUUCGCUUCGGGUAGCAGCUUUCUACGUGCUUUCGGUUUCACGGUCAGGAUUAUAAGCCUAUGCAGGGGACUUCAAAACUGCGGCAUGCAGCGGGGUUUUGGUAUACGGAGACUAUGCGUCGGGCUUUAACCUCGAAAAUGGUGCUGUAGAAGCUGACAUUGAACGGGGAUAUGACGGCCUGCUUUCCCUUUUCCUUUUCUAUGGAUCUGGGCGGGUUUUUGGAAUGGAUAACUAGAUAGUUGGAAUGGGAG